AUGGUUCAAGCUUCGAGAGCGGACACUGGCAGUUCAAGUCGCGAAUACGGCAUGACCUUCGAGAUCGCACCCCCAGGUGCUUCACGUCCUGGGACACCGUUCACCCUCCCGGUGAUUGUCGCCGUCCGUCCUGUGGGCAGCACAAGAGCCAGUCCUACUCAGCAACUGGUCGUAAACAUCUCGCUGCGAAACGAGGCCGGGACGGCGGCAGUUCCGGGGCUGAUUGGCACGCUGACCUCGAGCGUGCGCAGUCGCAAUGGGAACACCAACAACGGCUACGGCCAGUUCAGACCUCUAACUAUCACUCAACCUGGACGGUACCGGCUGCGGGUGAUGCUAGGAGCUGCUACGGCCAGUGGGGUUACCACGCGAGAAUACGUAGACUCGGGAGUCAUUCACGUGCACGGAGGAGCUUCCCUCUCUCAGCGUCCAACACCGUCACAAGUAUCCAAACUCCAAAGCCUCGUUCCCGAAAACAUAGACAUCUCAGCGGCGGACAUUGCGGCCUGGCAGCGCGCAUAG